CAUUAAUUAGAUUUACAUAUUAUGAGAUAGCCAUAGACUUUGCUUCAUAUUCCACUGCUUUACCAAGAUAAACAGUGGGAGAGAGGCUUAGUUAUUCUUAGUAUUUUGACAUUGUGAUUGAAGAAGAUAUGGCUGCUCACCACUCAUUAAUUUUGGCUUUUGGCCUCUUAGGCAACAUUAUCUCUUUUAUGGUCUACCUUGCUCCAAUCCCGACGUUUCACAAGGUGCACAAGAAAAAAUCGACAGAAGGGUUUCAAUCACUUCCUUAUGUUGUUGCACUAUUCAGUUCAAUGUUGUGGAUAUACUAUGCAAUCCUUAAACAAGGAGCCACUCUUCUCAUCACUAUCAACUCAGUUGGAUGUGUAAUAGAGACCGUCUACAUUGCCCUUUUCCUUUUUUAUGCCCCUAAGAAAUCCCGGAUCCAAACAGUGAAACUUCUGGUCUUGCUGAUUGCUUUUGGUUAUGGAUUUAUGGUUAUCAUGACUAUGUUCCUCGCAAAAGGUGAAAAGCGUAUCCAAAUUAUUGGAUGGAUCUGUUUAGUGUUCAAUCUUAUUGUAUUUGCUGCUCCUCUUUGCAUCAUGAGAAAAGUCAUACGGACCAGGAGUGUGGAAUUCAUGCCUUUUCCUCUAUCAUUUUUCCUAACUUUAGGUGCUGUUAUGUGGUUCUUUUAUGGCCUUUUGCUCAAGGACUAUAACAUAGCGUUUCCAAAUGUACUGGGAAUUAUCUUUGGCAUUGUUCAGAUGGUGCUUUACAUAGUCUACAGAAAUGCCAAGAAAAUUUUGGAGGAGCCAAAGCUUCAAGAAUUAUCGGAUCAUAUCAUCGAUGUUGUGAAGCUCAGUACAAUGGUUUGUCCAGAAUUGAACCCUGUAGUUCUGCAACCGAAUGAUGUUGAAAAUGACAUAACUGUUGAAGAUGAAAAUCUUAAGGAAAAGAUUGAAGAAACCAAGGAAGAAGUUAAGGAGCUCUCUGUCCAAGUUUAACAGACUGAAUUUGGCCCAACAUAGCAGGGACAUGCAUGUACUUUAUUGUAAUUUGCCUAUGCAUCUAAUUUUUCUAAUUUUGCCCCUGCUUUAAUUAAAUCCUUUGUUAGUAUAUGUUUGUCUUUAUGGUUUGCUGAUGAUUUGCAUGUAAUUUGUUAAGGGGGUUGUGAUGUUUGUAUCUUUUUUUUCACUCUUUAUUAUAAUCUCUCUUUAUGCUUCA